AUGCGGGGCCCGAGCGCGGCUCUGUGUCUCUUCCUGACCCUGCGCACCGUGCUUGGCAGGAUGGAGGUACGGUGGUGCACCACCUCAGACCCUGAGCAGCAGAAAUGCAACGACAUGAGCAAGGCCUUCCAGGAAGCAGGCAUCCAGCCCUCCCUCCUCUGCGUCCAGGGCAUCUCAGCUGACCACUGUACCCAGCUCAUCACGGCCCAGGAGGCCGAUGCCAUCACUCUGGAUGGAGGAGCCAUUUAUGAAGCAGGAAAGGAGCACAGCCUGAAGCCUGUGGUGGGCGAAGUAUACGAUCAAGAGGUGGGCACCUCCUAUUAUGCUGUGGCUGUGGUCAAAAGAGGCUCCCACAUAACCAUCAACACUCUGAAAGGUGUGAGGUCCUGCCACACAGGCAUCAACCGCACGGUGGGCUGGAAUGUGCCGGUGGGCUACCUGGUGGAGAGUGGCCGCCUCUCGGUGAUGGGCUGUGACGUGCUCAAAGCGGUCAGUGACUAUUUUGGGGGCAGCUGCGUCCCUGGGGCAGGAGAGACCAGUUAUUCCGAAUCCCUCUGCCGCCUGUGCAGGGGUGACACCUCUGGGGAGGGCAUAUGUGACAAGAGCCCUCUGGAGCGAUACUACGACUACAGCGGGGCCUUCCGGUGCUUGGCGGAAGGGGCAGGGGAAGUGGCCUUCGUGAAGCACAGCACGGUGCUGGAAAACACAGACGGGAAAACCCUGCCUUCCUGGGGUCAAGAGCUGAUGUCAAAAGACUUCGAGUUGCUGUGCCGGGAUGGUAGCAGGGCUGACGUCACUGAAUGGAGGCGGUGCCACCUGGCUCGGGUUCCAGCUCAUGCUGUGGUGGUCCGCCCUGACAUGGACGGGGGCCUCAUCUUCCGGCUACUCAAUGAAGGCCAGCGUCUGUUCAGUCAUGAGGGCAGCAGUUUCCAGAUGUUCAGUUCUGAGGCCUAUGGCCAGAAGAACCUGCUGUUCAAAGAUGCCACUUCAGAGCUGGUGCCCAUUGCUACCCAGACAUACGAAGCAUGGCUAGGCCAAGAGUACCUGCAUGCCAUGAAGGGUCUCCUCUGUGAUCCCAACCGGCUUCCACCCUACCUGCGCUGGUGUGUGCUGUCCACUCCCGAGAUCCAGAAGUGUGGGGACAUGGCUGUGGCCUUUAGCCGGCAGAAGCUCAAGCCGGAGAUCCAGUGUGUGUCGGCUGAUUCCCCCCAGCACUGCAUGGAGCACAUCCAGGCUGGGCAAAUUGACGCUGUGACGCUGAGGGGUGAAGACAUUUACCUGGCAGGGAAGAUGUAUGGCCUGGUUCCAGCUGCCGGGGAGCACUAUUCAGCGGAGGACAAGAGCAACUCGUACUUCGUGGUGGCCGUGGUGAAGCGGAACAGCUCUUACGCCUUCACCAUGGAUGAGCUUCGGGGCAAGCGCUCCUGCCACCCUGGCUUCGGCAACCCCGCAGGCUGGGACGUCCCCGUGGGCUCCCUCAUUCAGAGGGGCUUCAUCCGGCCCAAGGACUGCGACAUCCUCACAGCUGUAAGCGAGUUCUUCAGUGCCAGUUGCGUGCCUGUGAACAACCCCAAAAGCUACCCGUCCUCGCUGUGUGAGCUGUGUGUGGGUGAUGAGCAGGGCCGCAACAGGUGUGUGGGAAACAGCCAAGAGAGGUACUACGGCUUCAGUGGCGCCUUCAGGUGCCUCACAGAGAAUGCUGGGGAUGUUGCCUUCGUCAAGCACACAACUGUCUUUGACAACACAAAUGGCCACAAUCCUGAGCCCUGGGCUGCAGAGCUCAAGUCCAAGGACUAUGAGCUGUUGUGCCCCAAUGGGGCUCGGGCUGAGGUAUCCCAGUUCUCAGAAUGCAACCUGGCACACAUGCCAUCCCACGCCGUCAUGGUUCGCUCUGAUACCAACAUCUUCACGGUGUAUGGACUUCUGGACAAGGCCCAGGACCUGUUUGGAGAUGACCACAACAAGAAUGGAUUCAAAAUGUUCGACUCCUCUGACUAUCACGGCCAAGACCUGCUGUUCAAAGAUGCCACCAUCCGAGCCGUGCCUGUGGGAGAGAAAACCUCUUACCAAGACUGGCUGGGCCUCGACUACGUGGCAUCCCUGGAAGGAAUGCUGUCUCAACAGUGCUCCCAUGCAGUGGUCUCGGCCUCCACAGUGUCCCCGAUGCUGCUGCUGCUGCCGCUGUCCCUCACCACCAAUCUCCUGCGGCCCUCCCUCUGA